CCCAUUUAUACCUGGAGCUACACCGCAUUUCAACUUUACAUCAAUCCGUCAUGGAGACUCGCUGCAUUUAAGGCUGGAUUCUCCACAGUCUACUUUCAGGUCGGAGACUGUCAAGGAAUAGCCGCACCAGAGGAGAACCUGCCAGUUCCCCCAGUGUCUGCAGCAGGAACACCCCAGUGAAAGAACCCAUGUGAGAGGACUUAAGACACCGUUCAGAUCCUACAGACAUAUAGGGUGAUCCAAACAUACACUUGAAGUCGGAAGUUUACAUACACUUAGGUUGGAGUCAUUAAAACUCGUUUUUCAACCUCUCCACAAAUUUCUUGUUAACAAACUAUAGUUUUGGCAUCUACUUUGUGCAUGACACAAGUAAUUUUCCCAACAAUUGUUUACAGACAGAUUAUUUCACUUAUAAUUCACGAUAUCACAAUUCCAGUGGUUCAUACUGUGCCUUUAAACAGCUUGGGAAAUGAUGUCAUGGCUAUAGAAUCUUCUGAUAGGCUAAUUGACAUAAUUUGAGUCAAUUGGAGGUGUACCUGUGGAUGUAUUUCAUACAAUCAUACACUGGAUUUAAUUUAUUUUCAAUAAAUUAUGAAUGAUGUGAACUUGCCUAAAACAUGUGCAAGUCUGUGUGCAAUUUUUGGAAGGGUAAAACAGAAGAACACUGACCCUCUGCUUAUCCGAGCGCAAAGGAAACAGCUGUCAGAGAAGGAGAGGAAGUCAUGUGACCAGGCCAUUUGAUUUGAGUUUAUUAAAGACCUGACACAUGAGAGUGAGAAAGUGACAAAACGCGAUCAUGGUGACUCGGUGCAUUUCAGGCUGGUUUCUCCUCUGUCUACUUUCAGUCAGUGAAUGCAGUCAAAUCAUUGGUAUUGAGGGUCAGAAUAUCACUCUGCCAUUUAAAUAUGAUGCCAAAUCUCAUGGUCUACAACACAUUUGCUGGGGGAAAGGAAUCAUCCCGAGCUCUGGUGGUUGUGACAAUGAAAUAAUCUCAACUGAUGGGUUUGAAGUGACACGUAGAUCGUCGGUUAGGUAUCAGUUAUUGGGUGAGCUGAAGACGGGGGACGUCACUCUAACCAUCUCCAAUAUCACAGAGAAAGACUCUGGAACGUAUGGAUGUCGAGUGCAGUACGUUGGAUGGUUCAACGAUGAGAAAUAUCACGUCAGCUUGACCAUUGAGAAAGCACGUGUCCCGACAACAUCCCAGACAUCUGCCAAUGUAACCAUAACCCCACAGACCAUGGACAACCAUGACCACGGUCCUGUGACCACAACAUCCACUGAGUAUUCAUCCCCGCUAUAUUACAGCGAAUCAAAAUCAGAGACGAGAGGCCACAACCUGGCUGUGAUCCUGGGGUCCAUUCUGCUUGUUCUGACAGGGGUGGGGAUUGUGUCUGUACUCAUCAUGAGAAAGCGAUGGGGAAGAGUUGCCAUGGGACUCCAAAUACCACAGCGCUCUGGCGGCUCAGUCCUGUACAGAAACUCAGUGUCCAGCUUGGGCCUGCACACUCGAGAGAUGGCUGUAGAGAACGUCUAUCAGAUAGAGGACAACGAGAGAGACGACUAUGAGGAUAUCCACUGACGGAGCACGGACACUUCGCCACCACGCUCACGCUGUUAACACGUUGUAUAGUGCAGUAUAGUGCAGUAUAGUGCAGUAUAGUGCAGUAGUGCAGUAGUGCAGUAGCUAUGUGUUACAAGGCUGAGGUUGACUUACAGGCUAAUGAUUCAGCCGCACAAGACAAAAGUCACUACAGAAUCAGUAGUGUUUGCUGAUAAGUGAAACCAAACAGUUGAUUUGUGUUAUUGAAAGGUUUAUUUGAACAACAAAAAAAGGGCCUUACUAACAUGGCUUCCUUUGUGUAUUCAGCACUAACACUAGAAGCACAAGCAUUUCACUACACUCGCAAUAACAUCUGCUAACCAUGUGCAUGUCACCAAUAACAUCUGCUAACCAUGUGCAUGUCACCAAUAACAUCUGCUAACCAUGUGCAUGUCACCAAUAACAUCUGCUAACCAUGUGCAUGUCACCAAUAACAUCUGCUAACCAUGUGCAUGUGACCAAUAACAUCUGCUAACCAUGUGUAUGUGACCAAUAACAUCUGCUAACCAUGUGCAUGUCACCAAUAACAUCUUCUAACCAUGUGCAUGUGACCAAUAACAUCUGUUAACCAUGUGCAUGUCACCAAUAACAUCUGCUAACCAUGUGUAUGUGACCAAUAACAUCUGCUAACCAUGUGCAUGUCACCAAUAACAUCUGCUAACCAUGUGUAUGUGACCAAUAACAUCUGCUAACCAUGUGCAUGUCACCAAUAACAUCUGCUAACCAUGUGUAUGUGACCAAUAACAUCUGCUAACCAUGUGUAUGUGACCAAUAACAUCUGCUAACCAUGUGCAUGUCACCAAUAA